UCCCCGGCUUUCUCUCUUUCCCUCUUAUAAUUGGUGUUGUUUAUUUAAUGGUCACUGCUUAUGUCACGAGUUUUCUUGGGUUCUCUCUUCACCAAUUGGUUUUCUAAGCUCUUCUUCUAACACUUCAUAUUCAUCAUCCUCACACUUUCUUCCACAUUUAAUACCGUAUCUCACUCUCCCCUCCCUCAAAAAACUCUCUCUUUCUCUUCCCUCUCCCUCUGUCCCCUCACGGUCACGCAUUCUACCAACCAAAUAAACUUCAAAUUCCCUCUAUUUCUCUUCCUUCUUUCUUCCCAUAAACUUUUCUCUCUUUUUAUUUCCCACUUCCAACCCUUUUCAUCAGUCAACACUUUCACCCGAUUCCUCAUCACCUAAAGAAAAAGAAAAAAAAAAAGGAUCAAAACAAAGAAGGAAUAAAAAGAAACCCUCUUUAUUUAUUCCCCUCUUUACCCCGUAUUCUUAUUUUUUUUUAUAUAGUACGACGCUGAGAAAGUUUUUUGCUUUUUAAUCGAUAUGGGAUUCUCCGAGAAGGCGCAAGUAGAAGGAGCGUUUGAUUCAGAUACCAGCAACAAUAACAAUAAUCGAAAAUGGGUCAUCGCUGGAAUCGCGUUGCGUGCACCAUUGAAGCCGAUAUACACUACUAUGAUCCCUACGGAGAAGGAACAAAAGGAAGAGGUUGAAAUUGAAACGACAGAGGAGUGUUCAUCAUGUUCGAGUUCGACAACGACACCAACAAGCGUGGAAUCGAAGAUCCCAACACCGUUGACGUGCCCACCUGCUCCUAGGAAGCGAAAACCCGCGUUGAAGAAGUGCUAUAAUUAUUGCGGUGGCGGUGGUGGUGUUGUUAGAGAGUUCUUCACGCCACCAGACUUGGAAACUGUGUUCAUACGCCACGUUGAAAAAGCUAUUUGAUCGCACGGAAGAAGGAAAAAAAGAUAUGGCUAAUAAAAGAACUAUUUUCCUUAUCUUAAGAACUGGUGCAAUUCCAAAACCGGGUACAUGUAACACUGUUCAUAAACACGCCAGAUAUUUGAUAUUUGAUAUUUGAAGUCAAAAUCAAAGGUGAUUAAGUAGCCCAAUAGUUGAGUUGCCAAGCGCGAAUGGAGGAGGAAUGCAAAUCCUUUUCAAAGAUGUAGGCAGAAGAGAGGGGCAUGGCACAUUCUUAAAUUGACUGGAGACCAAAGCCCCACAUAAGUACUCAUAGCCAAGCCAAGUACCAUCACCUUUACGGUGCAUGUAUGUUUUUAAGUUUGAAUAAAUUUAAUGAAAUUUAUCUUCAACCGUUGAAUUAAUGUCAUUGAAGAGGGUGUAUUUUUUUUA